AUGUCAGGUAGCACCGCCAACCGCAUCAAGGAAAGUGCUCGCUCUGCAGCCACGAAAGUAGAGGGCGCUGCUCAAGAGGCCGUGCAUAAUCCGGCCCAGGCCAAAAAUGACUUUCUCCAUUUACCUGUCACCCGAGCCGCCCUCCCUUUUGUCAAUGGAGGUCUGGCUGGCAUGUUCGCAACGGCUUGCAUCCAGCCCAUAGACAUGGUCAAGGUGCGCCUGCAACUGGCAGGAGAAGGUGUCAAGACAGGACCCAGGCCAACGGCUCUGGGCGUCACAAGGGACAUCAUCAGCAAAGGAAAAGUGCUCGACCUGUACACCGGUCUCUCCGCAGGUCUGUUGCGGCAAGCCGUCUACACCACGGCAAGAUUGGGGUUCUUUGACACUUUCCAAACGAGGUUGCAGGCAAGGGCGGAAAAGAAGGGCACAACGAUCGGAUUUGCGGAGCGAGGGGCUGCCGGAUUGGCGGCGGGAGGACUGGCUGCCAUGGUAGGAAAUCCUGCUGAUUUGGCUCUGAUUCGAAUGCAGUCCGAUGGCCUGAAGCCGAAAGAGGCCAGGGCCAACUAUCGCUCCGUCUUCGAUGCUCUCACGCGCAUCGCGAAAGCCGAAGGCAUCAGCGCUCUGUGGGCGGGCGCUUACCCCACCGUCAUUCGGGCCAUGGCCCUCAACUUUGGCCAGCUCACCUUCUUUGCCGAAUCCAAGGCCCAGCUGAAGACUCGUGCGCCAAAUCUCUCGGAAAGUGCCAAUCGAUUCGGUGCUUCAGCGAUUGCCGGGUUCUUCGCCUCGUUCUUUAGUCUGCCUUUCGACUUCAUCAAGACUCGAUUGCAGAAGCAACAUAAAGGUCCCGAUGGCAAGUUGCCGUACAAUGGAUUCCUUGAUUGCGCCAGAAAGGUCAUCCGCGAUGAGGGUGCACUCAGGUUUUAUCGUGGGUUCGGUACCUAUUAUAUCAGAAUCGCACCGCAUGCGAUGAUCACCUUGAUUGUGGCCGAUUAUUUGAAGUUGAUUACGUCUUGA